AUGAAAACAAUAAAAUUGUAUUUUAAUUUGAUUCUCAGUAUAUAUUUUUUGACAUGCAAUGCACAGGGAACUGGUACAAUAUUAAACCGAAUUUCACAACAACAGAACCCAGCUAAUCUUGAUGAUAUCAAUAACAGAUUCCCAUUUCUUCAAUCCAAUUGUGUCAAAGAAGCAUUAAAAGAAUUGAUGCCAGUAUGCCUAAAACAUGGUUUUGAAUAUGUGUCAUCAGACUUGAAAGUAAGAACCGCUGUUCAAAUGUCAUUAUGUGAGUUUAGAGAAUCAGGAAUUGAGAAUAUCCCGAGAGAAUGUGAAUUAUCUGAAGGUACAGAAACAUUGAACUGCUUAAUAGAGUUGGAAUCAUAUCCUCAAUGGUGGACUACAUAUAGCGGAAAUUUUCAGAAACUUUCAUCCAUAUGUUUUGAAUAUUCUUUACCAUACGAAAAAGAUCAAAUCCUUCAAGUUUUCAUGAAUGUAACAGAUCUCUUUGGUAACAUUAAUGCAGAUCUAGCUUCAGAUAUGGAGCAUUUGAGAAAAGAAUCAAAAGCCAAUUCUGACAUAGUCAAAGAAAAUUUUAAUGACUUAUUCGAAGACUUAGAAGAUACAUUAGAUGUAAUUAUUACCGAACUUAGGAAUCAAAAUGUAGCUGAUGAAAUUAUGAAUAUUAGAGAAGAAAAUCUAAUAAUCUGGGAUAAACUAAGAAACGAUACUAAAAGCUCUUUGGAUAAUCAAAAAUUCUAUCACGAGUACAUGCUUCAGGAAAUGGAAGAUUACUUUAAUGAAAUAAAGCAAAAAGUUUCCUUUCAAUCUGAACUCAUAGCAUCUGAGGCAAUCUCUUCAACUUUGAAUAUCUGGAAAGCAGAAAUUGAUAAAGAGUUCGCAAAUAUUACUAUUACCUUAAACUCCACGAUGCAUCUUCUCGAUGAUAUAGGUUCUAAAAUUGGGGAUUUCGACAAGCAAGUUGAUAGCAUAUCAAAUGUUUUCAAAACAUUCAACAAGUUAAUCUUCUUUGUUCCGCAAUAUAUUUCAAAACUGAAUAUAAAUAUUAUUUGGACUUCUAUGUUAUUUUCUGGAUAUGCAGUUUCAAAGGUUAACAUCUUAAAGCAAAUAUUGUUACUACCUUUUAAACUACCCAUUAACUCGUGUAUACUAAAGUUAUCUAUUGCUUUGGUAAGUACAAGCAUAUUAGGAACAAAAUUAGGAAGUAGGAUUAUUGAAUAG